ACACAGAGACACGUCACCAUGCCGACCGUCAAGAGCAAGAAGAAGAGGCCGAAGAAGGAGGUGAACGAUGAAGAGGAGCCGGGAGAAGUGGGUGUGGAGAUGGAGGUGGAGAUGGAGGACGUGACCACCAGGAGUCGCUCUGACAGCAGAGAGCAUCUGACCCCAGAGCCUCAGGACCCAGCACCACAGAAGAAGAAGAAAAAGAAGAAGGCUCUGACCAUCGACCAGGAAGCAGAACCAGACGUUCCAAACGGUGACAUGGUGGAGGCCGCCAUGGACGGAGAGGAGACAACUGUGGCUGUCACCAGAAAAACCAAAAGGAAAAGGAAGGCGAAGGCGACGGAGCACAACAGCAACGACCUCGGAGCGGAAGACGACGACAUCAUCACAGACGCCCAGUCUCCCAUCCCCCAGCAUUCCCUGUUCUCCGCCCCCCACAGCCACAGUCAGCCGGUCGGCAAAGUCUUCGUGGAACGGAACCGGCGUUUUCAGGCAGAGCGGGUGGAGCAGUUCCGACACCCCGAGGUGAUGGACGACUACAUGGACCCCAGACAGUUCUGGACCACCAGAGACGUCGCUAUGAGGGUCCACAGUGGCUUCAGGGUGAUUGGUCUGUUCUCUCACGGUUUCCUGGCGGGCUACGCGGUGUGGAACAUCAUCGUCGUGUACGUGUUGGCGGGCGAACAGAUGACCACGCUGCCCAACCUGCUGCAGCAGUACCACCCACUGGCUUACCCCGCCCAGUCUCUGCUCUACCUGCUGCUGGCCAUCAGCACCGUGUCAGCAUUUGAUAG